CCCGGGUCCGAAGAUAAUAGAAACUGUAGAUUUGCUCUAAAGUCUUUAUUUCGAAGCAAAAGGUUUGAAAAGGGACGGAUCUAUACUUUCAUCGGGGAAGUGGUGGUUUCUGUAAACCCAUACAGGAACUUAAAUAUCUAUGGCCGUGACAUGAUCGAGCACUACAAAGGUCGGGAGCUGUACGAGAGGCCGCCCCAUCUCUUUUCCAUUGCGGAUGCAGCAUAUAAAGCCAUGAAAAGACGGUCAAAGGACACCUGCAUAGUCAUAUCAGGAGAGAGCGGGGCUGGCAAAACGGAAGCCAGUAAAUACAUCAUGCAAUAUAUAGCUGCCAUUACCAACCCAAGCCAGAGAGCGGAGGUUGAAAGGGUAAAGAACAUGCUGUUGAAAUCUAACUGCGUUCUAGAGGCCUUCGGCAACGCCAGGACAACCCGCAACGACAACUCCAGCCGGUUUGGAAAGUAUAUGGAUAUCAACUUUGAUUUCAAAGGAGAUCCAAUAGGUGGGCACAUCAAUAAUUACUUGCUAGAAAAGUCACGGGUGAUUGUGCAGCAGCUGGGAGAGCGAAGCUUUCAUUCCUUUUACCAGCUACUCCAAGGAGGUUCUGAGCAGCUUCUGCGAUCCUUACAUCUUCUUAAGGAUUUAUCUGCAUAUAGCUACAUUAAUGCUGGAGCCCAACUAAAGUGUUCCACCCAUGACAGUGCUGACUUCAAGGCUGUCGCUGAGGCCAUGAAAGUGAUUGGGUUUGAACCAGAUGAAGUUCAGACAGUAUACAAAAUUCUGGCUGCCAUCCUACAUUUGGGCAACUUGAAGUUCUCUGUGGACAGCGACGUGCCCGUGAUUGAAAACAGCAGGCUGGUGUCUGUCAUCGCAGAUCUGUUGUCAACCAAGCCCGAGAUGGUGGAGAAGGCCCUGCUCUUCCGAACAGUCGCCACUGGCCGCGACGUCAUCGAUAAGCAGCACACGGAGCAAGAAGCCACCUACGGCAGAGACGCCUUCGCAAAGGCAAUCUAUGAACGACUCUUCUGUUGGAUUGUCACACACAUCAAUGAUGUGAUCGAAGUGAAGGACCACAACAGCACAAUUCACGGGAAGAACACGGUCAUCGGGGUCCUGGAUAUUUAUGGCUUCGAGAUCUUUGACAAUAACAGUUUUGAGCAGUUCUGCAUUAAUUACUGCAAUGAAAAGUUGCAGCAGCUUUUCAUUCAGCUGGUUUUGAAGCAGGAGCAGGAAGAAUAUCAGCGCGAGGGGAUUCCUUGGAAGCACAUUGACUAUUUCAACAACCAAAUCAUCGUCGAUCUUGUGGAACAACAACAUAAAGGGAUCAUUGCCAAUCUGGACGAUGCGUGCGUGAACGUCGGGAAAGUCACGGAUGAGAUGUUCCUGGAAGCUCUGAAUAAUAAACUGGGGAAACACGCUCACUUCUCCAGUAGGAAGCUCUGUGCUAUGGACAAAAACUUGGAGUUUGACCGAGACUUCAGGAUUAAGCACUACGCCGGAGACGUUAUCUAUUCAGUCACAGGAUUUAUUGAUAAAAACAAGGACACUUUAUUUCAAGAUUUCAAAGUUACCUAUGGAUGUAUAACGGAAGGUAAGAACAAAUUAAAAAAAGAUGUGGCGGAAGGAGGCAAACUGAGCAGGAAACAUCCGCGGGUGACCAAGCGUCCGCUGACUGCUGCAACCCUGUUCAAGAACUCCAUCAUUGCUUUAGUGGACAAUUUGGCAUCUAAGGAACCGUUCUAUGUCCGCUGCAUCAAACCCAAUGACAAGAAAUCCCCCCAGCUGUUUGAUGAAGAACGUUGCAGGCAUCAAGUGGAAUACCUGGGGCUCCUGGAGAACGUGAGGGUCCGACGGGCAGGAUUUGCCUAUCGCCAAACAUAUGAGAAGUUCCUUCACAGGUACAAGAUAAUCCCUGAAUUCACCUGGCCAAAUCAUAAGCUGCCAUCAGACAAGGAAGCCGUGAAGAAGCUGAUCGAGCACUGUGGCUUCCAGCACGAUGUGGCUUACGGCAAGACCAAGAUCUUCAUCCGGACGCCUCGGACACUGUUCACCUUGGAGGAGCUGCACGCGAAGAUGCUGGUCUGGGUGGUUCUCUUCCUGCAGAAGGUGUGGAGGGGCACGCUGGCCCGCCUGCGCUACAAGAGGACCCGAGCAGCCCUGACGGUCCUCCAGUGCUACCGUCGAUACAAAGUGAAGUCUUACAUCCGGGAGGUGGGUCGACGGUUUCAUAACGUGAGGUCGAUGAAGGGCUACGGCAAGCACGUGAAGUGGCCCACCCCCCCUAAAGUGCUGGGCAGGUUUGAAGAGGCCCUGCAGUCCAUCUAUCACAGGUGA